AUAAGUUGUGACAGUCCACUGAAUUUGAAACUUGUUUUUUUGACUCAUUAGAAAUUGAACUUGUGAAAAGAAUUGGCCAAAGUCUAAGAGAGAGAGAAAAAGAGGAGAAAUUUAUUCUUCUUGUAAUUUUGUGAAAGAAGCUUCUUCAAUCGAUCGUGCACCGCACUUCAAUUUCAAUCUUUUCAACCACCACCACCACCACCAUGAGCCACCCGGAGUUAUCGGAGACUUACGCCUGCACGCCGUCCACCGAGCGUGGCCGAGGAAUUCUCAUCUCCGGCGACUCCAAGUCCAACUCCAUCCUCUACACCAAUGCUAGAUCGGUUGUCAUGAUGAACCUCCAAAACCCCCUUCAAGUCUCCGUAUACGGCGAGCACGCUUACCCUGCCACCGUCGCCCGAUUCUCCCCCAACGGCGAAUGGGUUGCAUCUGCUGACGUGUCAGGCACGGUCAGGAUCUGGGGAACCCGCAACGAGUUUGUUUUGAAGAAGGAGUUUCGUGUCUUAUCAGGUCGGAUCGAUGAUCUUCAGUGGUCAUCUGAUGGUAUCAGAAUCGUAGCUUGCGGUGAUGCUAAAGGAAACUCCUUUGUUCGCGCUUUUAUGUGGGAUUCUGGGACUAAUGUUGGUGAAUUUGACGGACACUCAAGGCGAGUUUUGAGUUGUGCAUAUAAACCCACACGGCCUUUUCGAAUUGUCACCUGUGGAGAGGAUUUUCUUGUGAAUUUUUAUGAAGGACCACCAUUUAGAUUUAAGCAAUCUCACAGGGAUCAUUCAAAUUUUGUCAAUUGUGUAAGAUAUUCUCCAGAUGGCAAUAAAUUUUUAACGGUAAGUUCUGACAAAAAGGGUAUCAUAUUCGAUGGAAAGACUGGAGAGAAGAUUGGGGAGUUGUCUUCAGAAGGUGGCCAUACUGGCAGUAUUUAUGCUGUUAGUUGGAGUCCUGAUGGAAAACAAGUGCUGACCGUAUCUGCUGACAAGUCUGCAAAAGUGUGGGACAUAUCUGAGGAUAACAAUGGGAAGGUGAAGAAAACAUUGAAAUCUCCUGUCUCUGGCGGAAUCGAAGACAUGCUAGUAGGGUGCCUAUGGUUGAACGAUUAUCUUGUCACAGUUUCUCUUGGUGGGACGAUAUCUAUUUAUUUAGCAAGUGAUCUUGAUAAAGCCCCAACAUCAUUUUCAGGACACAUGAAAAAUGUUUCCUCCUUAACCAUUCUUAGAAGUAACCCUAGAGUGCUCCUCUCUUGUAGUUAUGAUGGCUUAGUAGUUAAGUGGAUUCAAGGGAUUGGAUAUAGUGGUAAAUUACAAAGGAAGGAGAACUCUCAAAUCAAAUCCUUAGCAGCUGCAGAAGAAGAGAUUGUUACAUCUGGGUUUGAUAAUAAGAUACGGAGGAUUUCUUUACAUGGGGAUCAGUGCGGAGAUGCUGAAGCCAUUGAUAUCGGAACUCAACCAAAGGAUUUUAGCAUUGCACUUUCAUCUCCCGAACUGGUUCUAGUUUCAAUUGAUUCAGGAGUUGUCAUGCUGCGCGGCACAAAAGUCGUGUCAACCAUUAAUCUUGAAUUUACUGUUUCGGCAUCCAUUGUCUCUCCCGAUGGAAGUGAAGCCAUUAUUGGUGGGCAGGAUGGUAAACUGCACAUAUAUUCUAUUUCUGGUGAUACACUGGUUGAAGAGGCUGUUCUUGAGAAACAUAGGGGUGCUGUUAGUGUUAUAAGGUAUUCUCCAGAUUUUUCAAUGUUUGCAUCAGGGGAUGUCAAUCGAGAAGCUGUUGUUUGGGACCGUGCCUCCCGAGAUGUGAAGCUCAAGAACAUGCUGUACCAUACUGCACGGAUAAACUGUCUUGCUUGGUCCCCUGAUAGCAGUAGGAUUGCUACAGGAUCACUUGACACAUGUGUUAUUGUAUAUGAAAUUGACCAACCUGUGUCCAGUAGAAGUACCAUAAAGGGUGCUCAUUUAGGCGGAGUUUAUGGAUUAGUAUUCACUGAUGAGUAUAGUUUGGUUAGCUCAGGCGAGGAUGCAUUUAUCCGUGUCUGGAAGAUAACCCCUCCCUGAAGAGCAAGAAUGUAAAUGGGAAGUAAGAAACAUUUGUUGGAUUUCAUAUUUAUUGUUCCUAUACAAGGCUUCUAAAAGUAAAGACUGAUGAAGAGGGUUGUGCUUAUCACCACAAGUUGGAGAGUGGAAGUUUUCCUGUUGUUUCUUCAUGUCAAAAAUCGACUUUUGCGGCUUGCAAGCUUCUGUUUGGUAUUCACUCUUGAUUUUGUAGGUUUUGUGAGUUUCAAAAUAUAAACUGUUAUGGUGCUACUGUAUAUCAUUCGAAGAGGUGCCAGAGUUGUUUUGUUGAGUGCAUUACAGGGAAUCGAUAUGAGUAUCCUCACUCAAAUCCCUGAUGGCCUCAUUUGAUUUUCUCUUUAGAGGAUAGUACUUCAUCGGCGUCUCGUGUUUGUCCCCAGAUCAAUACUACUGUUUGUAGUUGUUGUUGUGCAUGUUUGUUGUUGUUUAUUGAAACAUCUUUACAAACAAAACUAAUUUUGGUUUGGUAUCUAUCUACUUUUUCACAGCUAAA